AUGUCUGAUCUUAUCCACAUUGACCCUUUUGCUACUGAUAUUGAUGAGCUACCCUCUACUGGCAUUCCUGAUACUUCUGUUGGCCCUUCUACUAUAUACUUUGCCCAAUCAUCUCCUAAGACUACGGAUACUACCGAACCUCACUAUCCUGUACGAAAUUGUAAAUGUGCUAUUAGUUCUCGUUGGGUUUAUAAGAUUAAAACUAACUCUGAUAGGUCUAUUGAAAGAUAUAAAGCUCGUUUAGUGGCUAAGGGUUAUUCUCAAGAAUAUGAUGAUGAUGUUGUUGGGAUUAGUAUGUUGAAGUCUGAACUGACUUGUUGUUUUGCUAUGAAGGACUUGGGUCCCUUUCGUUACUUCUUGGGUAUUGAAGUUGGUUCCUCUCCAAAAGGGUAUCUUCUUUCUCAAUCUAAAUAUGUCUCUGAUAUUUUUGAACGUGCUUGCCUUUUUGAUAAUAAGACUGUUGAUACUCCGAUUGAGCUCAACGCUCGUUAUUCUAUUUCUGAUGGUUCUCUACUGUCAGAUUCGAGUCUAUAUCGGACUGUUGUUAGAAGUCUGGUUUAUCUUACUAUCACUCUUUCUGAUAUCACAUAUGUUAUUCAUAUAGUCAGUCAAUUUGUUACUUCUCCUACUACAGUUCAUCGGGCUGCUGUUCUUUGUAUUUUAAAAUACCUCCGCGGCAUUGAGUUUCAGGCUCUCUUACUUUUAUCUACUUCAUCUUUAGAGUUAUGUGCUUACUCUGAUGUUGAUUGGGCCAGUGAUCCCACUGACUGCAAAUCAACUACUGGAUUUUGUAUCUCUCUAGUUUGGUUGCGAUGGUUGCUUGCUGAUAUGGGUGUUUUUCUGCGGCAACCGACUCCUUUACAUUGUGAUAAUAAGAGUGCUAUUCAGAUUGCUCAUAACUCGGUGUUUCACGAAUGA